AUGGAUCGGUACCAAAAGGUUGAGAAGCCAAAGGUGGAAACACCAAUUAAUGAGAAUGAGAUUCGGAUUACUAGCCAAGGCAGGAUGCGGAGCUAUAUCACUUAUGCCAUGAGUCUACUUGAGGAAAAGGGUUCAGAGGAAAUUCUGUUCAAAGCAAUGGGCAGGGCCAUCAACAAAACUGUAACAAUAGUGGAGUUGAUUAAGAGGAGAAUUGUUGGUCUUCACCAAGUCACAGCCAUUCAAUCAACAGACAUAACUGACACAUGGGAACCAUUAGAGGAAGGCCUCCAAACUCUGGAAACCACAAGGAAGGUUUCGGUGGUCUCAAUCACGCUCUCAAAGAAGGAGUUGGAUACAACAAAUGUUGGGUACCAACCACCAAUACCAGCUGACCAGGUGAAGGUGUCUACAGAGGUUGAUUAUGAAGGAGGGAAUGGUUUUGCACCCAUUGAGUACGAAGAUGGAGGUUAUGAUCGGAAUCCUAGAUAUGCCCGGGGUAGGGGACGUGGCAGAGGUCGCAAUUUCCGGGGCCGUGGUAGGGGAGGGUAUGGUGGCUCUCUGGUGGAUACUCAGCCUGAUGCUGGAGGUUACAAUCAAGAAGCACCUUUUCAGGGCCGAGGUCGUGGCCGUGGGAGGGGAUCUCGUGGCCGGGGUCGUGGAUUCAGAUCUAAUGGGCCGAUCUAUGCUACUGCUGGAGGUGCUUAG